CGAAAUCACACAUCUAAACCAAUAUCGACGAAGAAUGUCGGUUAGCAACUGUGAAACUUUUUACGAAGACGUACCAACGUUGGGUGAAGUGAAGCGUGAAAUUUCCAGUAUUGUGGGGCUGCGGGAGAUCAAAAAGCAGCUGGAAUCAAUUCUGCAGAAAAUAAUUGAUGCGGAGAAGAACGCUGCCGACGGAUUUAGGGUUGUACCUCCAAAGCCCUUUCACAUGGUGUUCGUCGGCAGAAAUGGAACAGGCAAGUCCACAGUAGCUCGAAUAAUUGGUAAACUAUUUUAUUUGGCCGGAGUUUUGUCUUCAUACACUGUGACUGAAAUGCGAGGACAUCAAAAGAUGAGAGAUGCAAAUGGCGGCUUGCUGCUUGUGAAGAUAGACGAGGAAGAUCCCAUUAGUUCGGAUACAAUGGAGGAGCUCAUAGCUGCGAUAGACAAGGGAAAGUCAUUAAUCGUGUUAGCCGGGAAUCACAGGGCCUUGAACCAAUACAUGAAGUGCAACCUCAAUUUGUACAGAAGGCUCUCAACAAGGCUACAGUUCGACGACCUGACUUGCGAAGAUCUUGCCAUGAUUCUUGAGAAGAAGGCGAGCAUUAAAGGGGAGAGCGAUAUGUUAUGUGGUUUUGAGCUGGACAGUUCUUGCAGCACGGACAGUAUUGCUCGGAUGAUUGCUGAGCUUACGCCUCACAAUCUACGAAGCUUGCUGAAUGCACAUUUGCUGGAUCAGAUGCUAAUUGAGGCAAAGAAAGUGGCUAGGCCUGGUGAGAAUACCAUCUCACUGAAGAACCUAGAAAUGGGUAUACAGAAUGGGGCAGAAAUCUUCAAGCAUUUGUUAAAUUUGUGAUUUUACAGAAAAUAGGGAAAUUUAUGAUUAUGAAGAAAUUGAUAAUAGUUUAUGUUGCCAUAUAGUACUCCAGUUCAUAGUCAGUAGUUAUUAAUUAUUUCGGCAUUAGUUAAUGCCAGUUCUUGAUUUGCUAAUGCAGUUUGUCACAA